AUGGGAACGGGAAUUGGAUCAUCCUGGUGCGACUUCUUUUCUAUGCAACAUUUUAUAUUCUUGUUGCUCAUUAAUGCUGCAUGCUGUUUUUCUUUUGUACAGACGCAGACACUUUGCCACGAUGACGAGCGCUCUGCCUUGUUGCAAUUCAAAGCCAGUUUCACUAUAGAUAAGUUUGCUUCCCGAGAUCCCUCUGCUUAUCCGAAAGUUGCAUCUUGGGGUAGACUAGAAGGAGAUCCUCAAAGGAGUAACUGUUGUUCAUGGGAUGGUGUUGAAUGCAAUGAUGACUCUGGCCAUGUUAUUGGCCUUGAUCUUGCUAGCAGCUGUCUUAAUGGUUCCAUCAACUCGAACAGCAGUCUGUUCAAACUUGUUCACUUGCAGAUGCUUGACCUUUCAGAUAAUCGAUUUUUCUCUCAUAUUCCAUCAAGGCUAGGCGAUCUUGCUAGCCUAACAUAUCUGAACCUUUCAUGGUCUUCAUUUUUUGGAUAUAUUCCAUCAGAAAUUUCAUAUCUAUCCAAGCUGUCUACUCUUGAUCUGACUUCCCAUCAUAUGUUGGCUUUCAAAAAGGCCAAUUUCAGAAGUCUAAUUCAAAAUUUAACAAACAUAAAACAACUUCAUCUUUCUAGGGUAGACAUAGUCUCGUCUGUGCCUGAUAUAUUGGUCAAUGCUUCUUCUCUCACAUCUCUUCGUCUUGUAGGAUGUGAUCUGUACGGGGAAUUCCCAGCAGGCAUUUUCCACCUACCAAACUUGCAAGUACUUGAUUUGGGCCUUAACCAUAAUCUAACCGGUUAUUUUCCCGAUGACCUUAACAGAAGCAGUCCCUUGAAGAUAUUGGUGUUGGACUUUACCAAUUUCUCGGGUCAUCUACCUGCUACAAUUGGAGACCUUCGUGCCUUAAAUUUAUUGAGUAUAGCAUUCUGUAACUUUUAUCCCCAUGUUCCAUCUUCACUUUCCAACCUUACCCAGCUCAAUUAUCUUUGUCUUUCUUCUUUCUUCUAUAAUAGUAAAGAAUAUUUUGAUGCUCCAAGAAACAACACUUUCCGUGGCCAAGUUUUUGAUUCCUGGUCUUGGCUUGGAAAGCUGACGAAACUUAACCACUUGUCCCUCGUUGAUACCAACCUAAGAGGAGAUUUGCCGUGUUUUUUGGCUAAUCUGACACAGCUUUCAGACUUAUACUUGGGCUACAAUCAAAUAACUGGUCAAAUCCCAUCUUGCCUUCUGCAGUUGACCCAAUUAACUUCUUUAGACGUACGAUUAAACAAUCUGCAAGGAUCAAUUCCCAGGUCACUAUUCCAGCUUAAAAGUCUUGAAUAUAUUUUCCUCGACUCAAAUAACUUGAGUGGGUAUGUUGAAUUCGAUGAGUUUUCCAAGCUUGAAGAGUUGAGGGGACUUCGUUUGUCGCUCAACAAGUUAGCUGUACAGAUCAAAACUGGAUUUACUGCUGUUCCUCCAAAGCUUCAAUAUCUAGGAUUGGGUUCAUGCAACUUAACAGAGUUCCCGAAAUUUUUGAAAUACACUAGUGAACUGCUGGAUCUAGAUCUAUCUGACAACAAUCUUCAAGGCCAAAUACCAAAAUGGAUGUGGAAUUCAGCUGGUGCAAAUUUGCUUUAUCUUAACCUCUCUCACAACCACUUAACUGGAUUUGAAGAAAAUCCAGUCAUUAUUCCAUGGCCUUUGUUAUUCUCUUUAGAGCUCGACUCUAACAUGUUACGAGGAUCAUUGCCAAUUCCAGCGCGGUCAAUGCAAAUCUAUUCUGUUUCAAACAAUGAAUAUGCAGGAGAAAUCCCAGCUACAUUCUGCAACACAAUUAUGGAGACCCUGUUUAUUCUUGAUUUGUCUAACAACAACCUGGAUGGCAAGAUUCCCCAGUGUUUUGAGAAUCUCAGUGCUCUUCAGAUAUUGAAAAUGCAGAACAAUUCUUUUCACGGGGAUAUUCCUCAAAUAUGUGCAAACAGAAGUACGGAGUUAGCAGCGAUUGACUUGAGUUAUAAUCAGCUACAAGGGAAGCUACCAAGAUCAAUUGCUAGUUGUUCUCAGUUGGUGUUUCUUAAUUUGGGAAAUAAUCAUAUCACUGAUACCUUCCCAUCUUGGUUAGGAGUACUUCAACUAUUAAAAGUUCUCAUUUUGCGGUCUAAUGCAUUUCAUGGCAUAAUUGGAAAGCCUGCAAGUAGCCAUGAGUUCCCUGAGCUGUCCAUUGUUGAUUUAUCUAGCAAUGAUUUUUCAAGUCUGUUGCCCUCCGACCACUUGGAUAACUGGAAUGCCAUGAAAUCUGUUGAUGCAAACGAGCAAAUAUACGUCCAAUCCUUUUUUCGUUUCGGGAUGUAUCCAGACACGUUCCACUAUGAUUACCCGAUUAUAGUUUUUAGCAAAGGUGUUGAAUUGAAGUAUUUCAAGACCCCUUAUCUUCUGAGGCUCAUAGAUCUCUCAAGUAAUAGAUUUGAAGGAGAGAUUCCAGGUAUCAUUGGGAAUCUAAGAGGGCUUUGUUUGCUCAAUCUUUCCAACAACACUCUCACUGGCCCCAUCCCUUCGUCUUUGGGGAACUUGACUGCUCUUGAAUCGUUGGAUCUCUCCCAAAAUCAGCUCUCAGGAAAGAUCCCCAGUGAUCUAGCACGACUGACAUUCCUUGCAUACUUUGAUGUAUCCCACAAUCGUCUUUAUGGUCAUAUCCCACAUACAUUCCAAGAAGAUAAGUACCAAGGAAACUCAGGUUUGUGUGGAAAACCUUUGUCAAAGAAAUGUGAAGAUUCUGAGAGCACAACACCACAAACAACCUUUGAACAAGACAAAGACUCUGGGUUUCAAAUUGAGCUAGAUUGGUUUGUGGUUCUUCCAGGAGUUGUUGCUGGUCUAAUAGUUGGAGUGGUUGGGGGAAACUUUUGGACAGACAAGAAGCAUGACUGGUUUGUAGAGACAUUCAGCAGGAGGAGGCAGCCAAGAAGCACAAGGCGGAGGAGGAGACCCAGAACUUAG